UCUUACCAGAUCGGUAGCCCGGUAGGUAAACCCAACCACUGAAUUUGAGGUGGCAUUGGAUCUUCACCGAGAAGCAGGGCGAUCUGUUGUUCCCCGGCGGGAUUCUGACGAGUAACUGAACGCUCGGAACUAAAAUGGCGGAAAUAAUGGCCAAAUCUUCGAAUGAAGAAGAGAUAAAACUUGUACAGGAAGGUGAAGGAGUAGCGGAUGCGACGACAACGGCAGCAUCCGCAACUGAAGCGCCAAAAGGAACACCUGCGCAGGAUAGCAGCCGUGCCGGCAGUGGAUGGGGUGGAUGGGGGUUCUCCGCUUUCUCUUAUCUCUCCGACCUUCAGAAGGUUGCCACCGUUGCUGCCGAAGAGAUCUCUCGCAAUGCUGUUGAGGCUGCUAAAACAGCAGCAAAAAGCAUUUCUGAUGUGCAGAAUGCAGUUGAGGAGUCUGAAUCUUCUAAUGAGAAUGAAACUGAACCAUCUGCAGUUGAGGUUGAAGGUGAAGAUGAGAAUGACAAACGACGCAAGGAGGCUUUGGAUAAAUUAGAGAAAGCUAGUGAAGAUUCUUUCCUUGGUCAGGGCUUGAAGGUUAUUGACAAUUCAGUUGAGAGUAUUGCUUCAGGGGCUUGGCAAGCACUAGGAAAUGCAUUGAAAGGGGGUUCUAGUUUUGUUCACAAGCUUGAGGAAUCCAUUCAGCAAGGUGGCUUACCUGGGGCAACUGAUUCUGGUGCACCAUCCAUUCUGGAGACAGGAAAAGCUUUUACUGCCAAGGGAAUGCAAGUGCUUGAGCAACUGGGUAAAGAGACCAUGGAUCUUCUAAUAUCAGAAACUGGUAUUGAAGUUGAGAAACAGACCAAGGAAACUGAAGGAAUAGUAGAUGAAGAUCAGCUCUUUGAGGAGGUUACAUUUGAUCGAUGCUUCUAUAUUUAUGGGGGUCCUGAACAAUUAGAGGAGCUGGAGGCACUGUCCAAUCAUUAUGCAAUGCUAUUUAACCGAAAAAAAGUGAAGCUACCUUAUGAACAAAGGUCUACUUUUGAUGGAAAGCUUAAACAGGUCCAGCUGUAUUUUGACUUGAGUUCUGAAAUUGAUGGAAGUGUGGAAUUGGAAAAGGGAAAGCAAAUAGAGACUGGAAAUAUGGAUAAUGCUGAUGAGAUGAAGGUUUUACGUGAUGCCAGUGUGAGCAAGGCUGCUGAAUUGGCUGCUGGUUUUGCAAAUGCUUUGGCUGGACUAGCUCCAAAUGAUAUGAUACAACGGACUGUUGGGAGACUGGAAUCUCUCCACUCUGAGGGUGUUCAUAGGCUUUCAGAAGUGUGUUGCUCCGCUGUUACCCAAAUUCUCAUGCUUGGGAAAUCUAUCAUAUCUGAUGCAAACAAGGCUCAGAGUCCGGAUGAGGAUGUUGAUGAAGUGGAUAUGGUGAAAAUUAAUUGGCCUGAGGAUUCUAUUGAAAGAGCUAAGAUUAUCCGAGCGAGGGCAGAAUUGAUGACUGCAAGUGUUGAGGCAGUCUGUUCCAGUUUUAUUACAGGUAUAUCUGAUGUGACAGAGGCAUAUUUAGAUGCAAUCAAAGCUGCUUCUGCUGAUUCGCAUGAAACUCCCCAGAAACCAAUUCAGGACAAAGUUAAUGCUUUUUCAAAGGAUCUCAGUGCAGAUCAGAGCACAGCUAUUGGAAAAAUUCAGGAUGGGCUUCAAUACUUGUCUUAUUUGGUCAUCUCUACUUCGAUGCCUGCUGCCUGAGAAUUAGUAGAUUCACACGCUGAUAUGGUAUUCUAUUUUUAGUUUCUCGGUGUAAAUAGUUGCACUUAGAAGUUGAUUCGCUUGUUCUUUAUACUGGCGCCCUUUAAGUUUUCUGUUCCGAUAAAUCGAAGAAUUAUACCCUCCUAAGUUCUAAAUCAUUGUUACUGGUGGGCAUGUAUCUACUCUAAGUUACAGACCCUCCUCUCCAUUUUCCCGUUGUUUUUUUCUCAAGGGAAGAUAUAGAUAUUGUAUGGAUUGAUGAAAUUGAAAUAAAUUUACAUUUAGGUAA